UAAACCCUUCAUUACAUUAGCCGUUUUUUGUCGGUGAACGGCUGCAAUUUUUGGAAACGCAAAAAUAAUCCCGCAUGCAAUGCUUUCUCAAGCUCCUAUUUUUUGUCAAUUGGGUUAUUUUUUGUGGGGGGUCUUUAGCCCCGCCCAGAUUUCCACUGGGUCAGAGGUUGAGAUUGGCAAAAUAGGCUGGUUCCCUGGCGAACCGAUACGUUCGUGGUGGCAUUCGCUAAUGAAGCCUGGGUAAAACACGACACGUGGACGGACCACUGCAUAUGCAUGAUACUGAUGAUAGCGCCGCUGACCAAAACAAAAUUUAUUGCAGCUUAUGCAUGCAAAAACUGCGAUCAAAUUUUGCAUCAAUUCAUAAUGCAUGCGCUAUAAAUCACAGCUUCGUUCAGUUCUCAUAAUUUACGAUCACGAAUUAGUCUUGUCUCUCGCACUGCUGAGACUCUGCAGUCUGACUCUGAGUUAUUGCUUGUCAUCAUUAAUUAUCUGGCCAGAUUUCAUCAUGUCAUCUCCUUCAGUAUUUGGGGUUGCAAGUUUCUGCAUUAUCACCGGAGCAAGCAGGGGGCUGGGCCGAGAGUUGGCACUAAGCCUGGGUAGUCACCUCGGAGACAAGUCCCUGAUGGUCUUAACGGCCCGGUCAUCAGCUGAUCUGGAAGACACGAGCAAACAAGUCUCUGCCUGCUCUCCUGGGGUGACGGUGAAGACGGUUACGGGAGACCUCGGCGACGAAUCCAAAGCUGAAGACGCCAUUACUCGCAUGUUCGAGGGGGUGGAGUGCUCGCAGUACCAGCACGCAAUGCUCAUCCACAACGCCGGCUCACUUGGCGAGAUGUCCUACAUUUGCGACCUCAGCCCUGGCCUGCAGACUCUGAGGCAGUGCUUCACGUUGAAUGUGACAUCCUGCAUGGCCUUGAGCACCAAAUUCCUGAGGGUAUUCCCCAAGCGCGACGGCCAGCGCCGCACCAUGGUUCACAUCUCAUCGCUCUGUGCCAUCCAGCCGAUGAAGAGCUUGAGUCUGUAUUGCUCCACCAAGGCUGCGCGAGACAUGUUUAUGAAGACCAUGGCCAUUGAGGAUUCAGAACUCAGGGUUCUUAAUUAUUCUCCAGGGGCCCUCGACACUGCCAUGAACGAUGCGAUUGUGACACAAGCAGGAGAUUCGGAAUUGCGGGAAAAGAUGGCUGAAAAUAAAUCUACACCGUAUUUUCUGACCACGGCUGCAACCUGCAAAGUUCUCCUGAAGUUGUUGACGGAGGACACUUUUGAGUCCGGGAAGCACAUUGACUACUGGGAUGUGGAAGUGCCACCGAAAAAUUGAAUCUCAAGUGCGGCUUGGAAACGCAAGAAAACACAGGUCAUAGACUGUUUCAGAUCAUCUUUGUGUUCACGUGGUAAUCUCCGGGAAUAUUUCAUUCAAAAUAUUUCCCAUCAUGCUCAGGAUACAAUUGCAUGAUGGGACACAUUUACAAUGAAAUGCCACCAGCGAUCAUACCAUGUGACCCCAAAGAGGGCAGUAUGCAUAAAAUGGUCCAUGGCCAAUGUUAAAAACAAAAGGUGGACUUUUGAACAAAUUCCUCAGUCUAUUAUCAAUCAUUCUCCUCAUUCUUAGUAUGAUAAUCAAAGACAAAAUAGCAGCAUUUGUUUAUUUUUUUCAGAUUCUAUUUACAAAAUGUAUUUAGAUUGUAGGAAGGAUUGAUUUGAAAUCUUUUUGGUGUUAAAAAGUUGAUUUGUGUAUACCAUUUUCAAGAUUUACUCGUGAGACAUUAAACACAAAUUUCCACCAAAGUUUAAAGGGAAUAUACAACAUUUGCUUUUGCUGUAAUUUUUAGAAAUGGAUGGAUUUGAGGAGUUGGUAUUUUAUAGCAAAAACCAAGAAAACCAAUCAUACUCUAUAAAGUUUGUUCCCUGACCCCACGUAAGAUGCAACAGCAACUUAUAGGCGGGGAAUUGUAAGUUUAGGGAACCAGUCUAGCUGGCUUGUACCCGUUCAUAGGUUUGUAAGCGAUUGCAAAAAGAAAAU